AUGAAAUUGAAACUGGUCUAUACAUUGCCAUUGGCCAUCUUUGCGUCGUUGGUCACUGCUUUGCCAACCACUGAUGUUGCCGCUACAAACGAAACGAGUCUCAUCUCGCCCUACCGCUUUGAGCUUGAAUGCGACAAUGGCAAUGGAUACAGCGGGAGCUACAUCUACAGCAUGUGCUGGCAGCGGUGCACUUGUCUCUAUCCUUCGGGAUAUGCAAGCUGUCCCGCGGGCCUGUGUGCGACCUACUGUGGCUGCUAUGUUGAUGAUUGA